CCUUUAGCGAUCUAUAUAAUCGAUCAUCGCUGUGUACCAUACCUUUCCAACAUGAUAAUGAUUUCAGUGUGUGUGAAACAUGGAGUUUCAAUGACCAAAUUGGAGAGUUUGAAUGAAAUGCAUGGGCACCGGUGGUGUUCGCACUAGUGCCAUCAUUGUCAGAUUCGUAUUGGUGGAAUGCCAUCAUGUCCAUUAGCCACGACAAGAUGAAGAAGAAGCCCAAGAUCUGGUUGUUCGUUCAUCACUUAUUUUCUCUCUCCCCCUCAGUUUUCAUCGCCUCGUCGAUCUUGCCCAAGAACUUACAGUUCUCGGGCCAUUUCACGGUCUCAUGGCGGUUCGUGUGCUCUUCUUCUAUUCUACCUAUGUAGUGCUCUAUGUAGUGAUCCUUCGUGCAUUUCUUCUCUCCCCGUGAUCCUCUUUGGAUCUCCCAAGUUUGACGCGCGCUCAGUGGAUUCUGUUUUGGCGAAGCGCAGACGGAUCGUCACUUUGGCAGUCAGUUGCUGUUUGACGUCGAGGAAGGUGAGAUCUCCGCGUCAAGUUUCCCUCCUUGCAUUUGAAGAAAACUUAAAAAGCAUGUUGGUUAUGGUGUGUGAUAGUUCGGCCAAUGUUUUGUGACUCUUCGUUUGUGUUUGCUACGAUGGGAAAAAUGCCCGUGUUUAGAUUUGUGUGGGCCGCGUGGCAACUUAUUUUGUUACUGUUAUGGAACGAUCCCAAAGUGAGUGGAACGAUCAUGACCAGACUUCAGGUGACCAAGGGAGUGUAUUCAAAAGUGACAGUCCGGGUGGAUGACAUGGAGCAACCCGUUGAUUGUGAGGAUUUUCUAAGCAAACUUGAGGUGUUGCUCAACGAGACCUCCCAUGGUCUCUAUGAAUUGACGGAGAACCAGAGCUACAUUGCGUCCAUUGAGGUGCAUCUACCCAAAUCGUGGAAUCAACACCAGUGUCAAUCACGGACGAGGAAAGUGAGAUUCUCGCAGUUUGUCUCGAAUCCCGACAUUUCCGUGGGAACUCAAAGUCUCUUCGGCUCCUGGCCUUCCCAACCCUGGACCGAGCAGCCGGGUGCCUGUGGACAGUCCGGCUUGCGGGUUCACAUCCCCAUGAGGUUCAUCUCCACUUUGGAGCCAUUCAAUGCCCAGAGUGAUCUUCACACCAGAGGUCAGAGUUUGCUUCGUGAAUGGUGCAAGUAUCGCUACGGAGUGUUUCCCGAGUCUGGCGUCCUCCACGGUGGAGACCGAAUGUACCCGCAUGUUUACAACGAAGGCAAUGUGACCCUGGUCAAUGCCGGAUGCGAACGGGAGGAACCAUUCUGUCCGUUGGGAAAGCCUUACAAUCGGCGGGCUCCGACCAAGCAGAACCUCCUGUGUCACGAAUUGAGUGCUAUGGAGACAAUCUUGAAUCAUGAGGACUUCAAGAUGAAUGUCACGGCCAAUCAUUCAGUGCCCUAUCGUUCUCCCGAGAUCUCAUUCUACUUGCCAAAGUCCAGCAAGUACACCAUUGUCCUGGAACGGACGAGUGUGAUGGAUAUCAAUGGACGUUGGACCAACAUCAAACGGGCGUUUUUUCGAUUCCUUCAACACCUUCCGCUGGGCUCAGAAGUGAGCAUUAUCACCUUCGGCAAAGAGGCCACCCUUAACUUGCCCCCUACAGUGGUGACGGAUGUCAACCGAGAGGGUCUUCAUGGUCGUAUACCUAGAAAAGUGCUGCCAGAGGAUUUGGCCUGUGUAUUCUGCGCCGUCAACAUGUCGUACAACAACUUGAGACGUGACAGCUCGGACAGGACGGACUCGGGAACGGUUAUUUUGGUCACCGGAUCCCCGAGGCGACCUCAGCUCUUGGAGCAAUUGGUCAAUGUGGCUGCUGGAUCUGCAGUGAAGGUGUUCCCGAUCAUCUACCCGGGAACAGCGUAUCCCGAGAUAGUAAAGCUAGCCGCUAACGCCAAACACUAUGCUGUGCCAGAGGAUGAGGCCGUGAGUUCACUUACCUACCUGUCGGAGGUGUUGUUUGACAUCCUACAUGUAGCUGAAGGUUUGGAGAUUCAGAAAAUACAUGAGACCAAACAUCUCAGUUAUGAGUUUGCUGGCACCUUCACCUUGGAGGAGGAGAUGCUUCACCACAUGAGCGUUACCAUGAGCAUCGAUGAUGAGGAAAAAGUUGAAUUCUUUGAAAUCACCAACCCAUCUGGCAAGAAACAUCUGUUCAGCAAGUUCGAGGACGGCAUGGUGGUGUUCAACCAUCCUGGUUUGGCCCAAUCCGGAAUUUGGACUUACCACGCCAAGUUGUACCCGACAUCAGGUUUACCCAAUGAUCAGAUCUUGGUGGACGUGGUCAGCCAGAGCAACAAUGCCGAAGCCAAUCCGACCCUUCUCGAGGUGUUCACCAACAUUGACCACAUGGAGGCGGAUGUAUACAAAACCCCUUGCAUCAUCUAUGCCCGUCUUACCCAAGGUGGCCAGAUGCCCGUCAUCAACGCCAGGAUUACGGUGCGAGUAUUCCUCCCUGACGCACUCCCUUCAAACGUGGUUCACUUGACACUAAGGGACGAUGGGUCUGCUUAUCCCGAUAUCACGGCCAAUGAUGGUAUCUACUCAGCCUAUUUCACGGAGUUCGCCUCCGUCCCCGGGUUUUAUAGUAUCGAGGCCACAGCCACCCACAACGAAGGCCAAGCCCGAACGAUUAAACAACAGAUGGGGUCCAAACCGACGGUAUUACCCAAUUCAACGACCGUUGAAGAGGAUUUUAGAAACCCAGAAAAUUGCUGUGGAAGUCACGUUGAAUUUGUGGAGACCCUGCCUACCUCACCUUUCCAUAGACAGACCGUAGGUACCGGGUUUUAUAUCAAACAGGGGAUCUCCCCUCGAACGGACAUCGCUGCCCCCUCGAGGAUCUUGGAUUUCCGAGUGUCCAGGAUCAUCAAUGACUCGCUCUACGUGGAAUUAGAAUGGUCGGCUCCUGGUGGAGAUUUCGACAAAGGAAAAGCCGACAAAUACGAGAUUCGAUGCUACACCAAUCGUGAGGCCUUGACAAACGAGCAAUCCUUCAAAGAGAUGGGAAUCCUCGUUCACGACUCAUUCACGCCCAAGCCUGUGGCCUUCGGUCAAAGACAAACUUGUACGGUGGGUGUGCCGUGGCCUAACGAGAUAUUUUUCUAUGCCAUUAUCGCCUCGGACAAGACCGGAAAUCAAAGUCCCAUCUCGAAUAUCAUUUCGGUGUACAUUCCCGAAAAGACGAGCUCCAGUACCGAAUUGCCUCCGCAAUUGGCCUCAGACGACCUGAACCAAGUCAAUCAGCAGCCAUUGUCUGAAUACGAUGAAUACGGCUCUAUGUCCAAUGCUGAACGAGAACGGCGAUCCCAGCAGAUCAAGGUCUACAUUAUCAUCGGGGUGAUCUCCGGAUUGCUCCUCUUGAUCCUCUUGGUGAUUUUCAUCGUUCUGAUUCGGGUGCGGACCAAGAAGGCCGAAUAUGAUGCGGAUGAACGGGACACUUACAAGGCCUACGAACCGGCGGUGCCCACCAAAUCAGUCAUGCUUCCCGAUGUGGUGGAGAGUAAAAGUGUCACUCAAACAGCCAAGGCCCUAUCCAAUUGGUUGGACUCUCUCCCCCGAUCUGAAGGCAGUCCCAAUACCACGGCUCAUGACCUGAGUAUUGAAGGUGGGACUUUGAAGCGUCCUCACAAUAACUACGCACUAAGUAAGACCAAUCCGUACCGCCACAAGGUGCUCACCAACGGCAGUUUCUUGAAUCUGAAAGACUGCGGAGGCAGUCAUUCCAGUCACGGAGAUGAUUCAUCCAGGCCCACCACCUCCACUGAGGACAGUAAUCCUGGAAGCAGUCAGAACUCCGAGUCCGGCGAGUCUCGUCAGAGCAUCUUGAAACGAAGUAACACCACUUCAUCUUCGUCCAAAGUCAUCGAUACCUCGACAGCUCGAGCCAUCAUCGACACCUACAGUGGCAACUUGUUCACACGGGGGUCGGAUCAAUACGCCAGCUAUCGUGGCUAUUCGAACCCACCCCUCAGUAGUGGGCUAUUCGUGACCACACCGCCCACCAAUCCGGCCCUCGAGAUUGACCAAGACAGUCUUGAGCCUCACAUCAAUCAAAAGUAUCCUCAUGCCAUUCCCGCACCAGUUUUGAAUGGCGAACCCGGCGAGAAUCUGUUCAUUUUGCCGCGGAAUUCGCUGAUGCGCACGCGGACGGAAUCCGUUGUGUAGGAAGGCGAUACUUACGAUGACCGCAAAACAUUGUGAGAAAGAAGCCGCUAGCGUGAUGAUGGCUGUGUUCCAAGAGCUGUGAUAUAUUUUUAACCUUUUUCCACAUUGGUUAACAAAAAACCAUUUCAAUUUCUGUCCAAUAUGUCUUCAUGAGAAAUAAAAAAUACGUUCUCUCUCUACCUUCCGAGA